AUGGUGUCCCGAAAGACUGUGGUCACCCUACUGGUGGUGCAUGUGGCUGCCAUGCUGGCCUCCCAGACAGAAGCCUUUGUUCCCAUCUUCACCUACAGCGAACUUCAAAGAAUGCAGGAAAGAGAGCGGAACAAAGCGCAAAAGAAGUCCCUGAGUGUUCAGCAGAGGUCUGAGGAGGCAGCGUCUCUGGGCCCCACAGAGCUCACGGAGGAAGAAGAAAGCACAAUUAUCAAGCUGACUGCGCCUGUGGAAAUUGGAAUGAGGAUGAACUCCAGGCAGUUGGAAAAGUACCAGGCGGCCCUGGAAGGGCUGCUGAGAGAGGUAGAUGCUCCUGUCCACACCAAACAGUAUGGGGGUGGAGUGUCCUCCGCCCACCCUGCUGUUGAGAUUCCAGGAGUGCCGUCUGAGUAG